AUGGGUAAAGACUUCCGUUACUAUUUCCAGCACCCCUGGUCUCGCCUGAUUGUGGCUUACUUGGUGAUCUUCUUUAACUUCUUAAUAUUUGCGGAGGACCCGGUUUCUCAUAGCCAAACAGAAGCCAAUGUUAUUGUUGUUGGGAACUGUUUUUCAUUUGUAACCAAUAAAUACCCCAGAGGAGUUAGCUGGAGGCUCCUGAAGGUGCUACUAUGGCUACUCGCCAUUCUCACAGGACUAAUAGCUGGCAAGUUUCUGUUCCACCAGCGUUUGUUUGGUCAGUUGCUCCGGUUAAAAAUGUUUCGAGAGGAUCACGGGUCAUGGAUGACAAUGUUCUUCAGCACGAUUCUCUUUCUCUUCAUAUUUUCUCACAUAUACAACAUGAUUCUUCUCAUGGAUGGGAACAUGGGAGCAUAUAUCAUUACAGACUAUAUGGGCAUCCGAAAUGAAAGUUUCAUGAAAGUAGCUGCUGUAGGGACCUGGAUGGGGGACUUUGUCACAGCUUGGAUGGUCACUGAUAUGAUGCUUCAGGACAAACCCUAUCCUGAUUGGGGGAAAUCUGCAAGAGCUUUCUGGAAGAAAGGAAAGGUUAGGAUCAUUUUAUUCUGGACGGUUCUGUUCACUCUGACUUCUGUGGUUGUACUCGUCAUUACAACGGACUGGAUCAGUUGGGACAAGUUGAAUCGGGGAUUUUUGCCUAGUGAUGAAGUUUCUAGAGCUUUCCUGGCUUCUUUCAUCUUGGUCUUUGACCUCCUUAUUGUCAUGCAGGACUGGGAAUUCCCACAUUUCAUGGGAGACGUGGAUGUAAACCUCCCCGGCUUGCAUACGCCUCACAUGCAGUUCCAGAUUCCUUUCUUCCAGAAGAUCUUCAAGGAAGAAUAUCGCAUUCACAUAACAGGUAAAUGGUUUAACUAUGGGAUUAUCUUUCUCGUCUUGAUUUUGGAUCUUAACAUGUGGAAGAAUCAGAUAUUUUAUAAGCCUCAUGAAUAUGGACAGUAUAUUGGCCCAGGGCAGAAGAUAUAUACAGUUAAAGACUCAGAAAGUUUAAAGGAUUUGAACAGAACCAAGCUAUCCUGGGAAUGGAGGUCCAACCACACUAAUCCUCAUACGAAUAAGACCUAUGUUGAAGGAGACAUGUUCCUCCACAGCAGGUUCACAGGGGCUAGCCUUGAUGUCAAGUGUAUGGCUUUUGUUCCAAGUUUGAUAGCUUUUGUGUGGUUUGGAUUUUUCAUUUGGUUCUUUGGACGGUUUUUGAAGAAUGAGCCAGGCAUGGAGAAUCAAGACAAAACGUACACCCGCAUGAAAAGAAAAUCCCCAUCAGAGCAUAGCAAAGACAUGGGGAUCACUCGUGAAAACACCCAGGCCUCCGUGGAAGACCCUUUGGAUGAUCCUUCUUUGGUUUGCAUCAGGUCCGACCUCAAUGAGAUUGUCUUCAAGUCUUCCCACCUAACGUCUGAAAACUUGAGCUCGCAUUUGAAUGAGCCUACCAGCGCAACAGAAGCUGACCCUGAUGCAAUAGCUUCAAAAAGUACACCCACGAACUAG